UAAGGGAAUCGAGUGCCGCGCCAGGAAGCGAAUAAGGAAUCCAACACCACAAGCCGGGGCGACCUGGACCCAAACGUCACUUCGUCUAUACUUGACAACAGAGUCAGCUGGGAUCCACAAUCAGCUGGUCUCGGGUGGCAGCAAGUGCGUGAUCCUGGGACAGUAAGGGGCUUAAGAUGUUUUCCGCCCUGCGCAAGUUGACGGGCCGGGGAGCAGAUGGCCCUCUUACCCCUACGUCACCUCCGGGGGGGGUGCAGGCGAUGGCCGCCUCCUUACAGCGUCGAUUUGCACGCGGCGUCCAGUAUAACAUGAAAAUAGUUAUAAGGGGAGAUCGGAAUGUAGGGAAGUCCUGUCUCUUCAAACGCCUUCAAGGUCAGCCGUUUUGUGAGGAUUAUGUGCCUACAGAGGAAAUUCAGGUGGCCAGCAUACAGUGGAGUUACAAAGCUACAGAUGAUGUUGUGAAAGUUGAAGUGUGGGAUGUUGUUGAUAAAGGGAAGAAGAAGAAGAAGAUGGAAGGUUUGAAGUUGGAUAAUACAUCUUUGGAGUUUGAAGAACCAGCUCUUGAUGCAGAGUUCCUAGAUGUUUACAAAGGAACCAACGGGGUCAUCCUUAUGCUUGACAUGACAAAAAACUGGACAUUUGACUACGUCCGACGGGAAAUUGAAAAUGUGCCUAGUCAUAUUCCAAUCCUGGUUCUGGCCAAUCACAGGGACAUGGGCCAUCAUCGUGUUGUGUCUGAAGAUGAUGUGAAGUUUUUCAUUGAGAGCUUGGAGAGACCUGAAGGCGCAGCUGAUGUCCGGUACACAGAAUCCUCCAUGCGCAAUGGCUUUGGUCUGAAGCUGCUGCACAAGUUCUUCAACCUGCCGUUCCUGCAGCUGCAACGAGAAACUCUCCUGCGCCAGCUGGAGACCAACACUGCAGAGAUAGACGCGACCAUUCAGGAACUAGAGCUCUACCAAGAGAGUGACGACGCAAACUAUGAUGUAUUUUUGACUCAGCUGACUGAUCGACGAAGAGCAGCGGCAGAAUCGGUUGCCCCAGUUGCACAGGUUGCAGCCCCAAUCAACACGUCACCCAUUCCGCAGUCACGAUCCAUAAACAGCAUGGCAUCUGCAACAUCUCCCCCUCCCACAGUAAAUGGUCCUAAUAGCUUAGCUGUUGCAAAGUCAGUGUCAGUUCCAGUCAGUCUAGCGUCAUCUGCUUCAAGUACACAGUCCAGCCCUCGGCCCACAGAUCGAGUAUCACCUCAAGUGCCAACACCAGCCACACAAACAGCCAAGACGCCGGCAACAACACCACAAGCAUCUAAGGCAACCACAGCCACAACCCCAACCACAGCACCAAGCACUAGCACUAACAACAGCAGCAGCAACAGCAGUAGCAACAGUCCCUCCAGCGGUGCACAAAACUCGAGCAGCCAGAGUCCAGAGAAAACACAAGAGAAGACUAGCUUUAUGUCUCGAAUUUUCAACAAGAACAAAGACCCAGAACCUGCAGUGGAGGCAACGGCUGACUGCGUCAUACCAACAGUAGGAUCUGUGGACCCCGUCUCUGUGGACGACUUUGUACCUGAUGGCGGCAAGUUAGAUCAGUCCUUCUUGAGCGAUGUCCUCACCUCCUCUGGCAAAGAACCCACCCCCCCUGCCGAAGAGGACAGUGAGGAAGAAUGUGAUGGAAAUCCAAUGGUGUCAGGCUUCCAAGUGGACCUAGACCCAGAUGACCUCAACCUCGGGUCAAAUGUAGAAAUUGCCGCAGACGAAGACUUUGAAGACGACUCAGUGGGAAUCUUUUCAAAAGUAGACUCUGUGCUUGAUAGUAAAAGUGACGAGAAAGAGGUAAGAACUUCCAAGAAGCCAAAGAAUAACAAACGGAAAGUUAGUGAUAGUGAGAAACUAAACUGUGAAAAUGACGUUUCAGUAGCCUUGUCCAAAUUAGGCCUUGAGGGGUCCCCAGACACUCACAGCAAUAAAGAGGCUGGGAUUGUACUUAACUCUGGACACUGUGAUGGGGAAGAGCAAGCUAAGGAGGACAAGCUAGACGACUGGCUGAACUCGGAAGAAGGAACGAUAGCCAAUCCUUAUAUAUCCACUGCGACGGACAUGCCGGAAGGAGCUACUUUGGAUGACUCUGAUGAUAACCAAGGUUCCACAGUGGAGACGUGCAAAGGCGUGGAGAAGAUGAGUCACCACAGCUGUAGCACAUCGAGGAGCGAGAGCCCAACGGAACUCUCAGACCGCAAGAAGAAGCAUAAGAAGAAGGAUAAAGAAAGGAAGGAAAAGGAUGAUGAUAAGUCAUCUAAGAAACACAAGAAGAAGAGCAAAGAUAAAGACAAGGAGAAGGACGGAGACAAGAAGAAGAAGAAGAAGAGGCGAGACAAAGAGAAGGACGACCUCGAGGAGUUCUUCGGAGCCUCGCCAGAGAAGGAGUUUGACGAGGCAUACGAAGCCAUCUGAAUAAUCCGGCCAUUCCCUGUUCCCCUUUAGUUCGUCCAAAUAGUAUUUACGUAGAAGCUUCCAGUUCGGUCUUAUGGAUAGUAUUUUCUUAUUUAUAUAGUCGGUAAGGUAUGGGAUGGACUGUUAUGUAUGUGUAUCAGUCAGAGAGUUUGUUAUUUGUGCUUGGACAGUACAGUGUAAAUGAACCUUUGGAGAUGUAGAUUUUUUUUUUUUUUUUUUUUUUUUUCUUCUUCUUUGGAAUAAGGACUUGGAAUUUUACACUAUUUGUAUUGAGUAAUUGUGAUUCAAAACCAUUACCACUGUUAUGAAAGUGAAUCAUCUUUAUCAAAGAUUAAUAUGUAAAGUUUUGACAGUGUAUGAUAAGAAGGAAUGCCCAAUGCCUUUUCUUGACAGUGUAAGCCAUUAUAUAACUUUUUUCUUUUUUUCAUUUUGGAUGAUGUCAUUAGGAAAAAGAAUGGUCUUUGGAAAACUGCUUAUUAUUAUUAUUAUAUAUAUAUAUUUUUUUUCAGAAUUGCAAAUAUUUUCUAUUUUCCUUUAUUAAUUUAUUCUUUUUUAUGGGUUUGGGCAAUGCUGACUAUAUGUUAAACACUGAUUUCCAUAUAAGAGUAUUUUAUAAAUAACACUCCAUUGAUGCAUUUCUAAGAUUUUUAUCACUGGAGAAUAUAAAUGUAAAAUUGAGAAUUGUUAGUGGAAACAAUGAACAUAAGAUGCUAGUUGAGAUAGCUGGAUAUUUUAUAUUUCAUCAAUGAUUUUGCUAUUCCAAAUUGACAUGACAUUAUAGAUAUAGGCAAAAAUCUUGACAAAAAUAAGUACUUCUAUAUUUAUAUAUAAGAUGGAAAAAUUAGAGACAAGUUUCAUAGUAACAUCAUCAUUUGUAAAGUGGUGAUGAAAGAGAAGAGAAAAUAGUCUUACUGUUUACUGAAGGUGCCAUGCGAAUAAUUUAAGGAGAGGAACACAGCAUUUUUACCCUUUGUGUCAUAAAAAAUUACUUUUGUGUGUUUUUGUUAUUGUUGCCAAUUUUUUACACCAUUAUCAUCGUCAUCGUCAUCAUCCAAAAUACGACUGGUUUAAAUCAGUCCCUGUUAUUCUCUUCCCAAGUCCACCAUCAAUACUUAUGUCGCCAGUUUCAUUAUUUUUAUUAUUGCUUUAUGUUUCUCUUUCCAAUAAUUAUAUUCAGUAUUGUUACCAUUAUUGUUUUAUUGGUUAUCAUUAUCACAUCAUCAUAUUAGAUGCAUCAAAAUCAUACGAGGGCUGUGACGGAAGAUUUCACAGUGGUCAUACAUGCUGGAUCACAAUUUGUAAACGCACCAAUGUAAGUUUUCCUCUCCUUGCUUGCGUAUGUUGACUAAUAAUGUUGUGGCCUCGGCUUUAGUUAAUCUGAGCUUGAGAAAUCUAAAGAUAAGCUUUGGCCAGAGUAACAAAGUGUUUGCUAUAUCCUUUAAUUUGAUAUGUGUUACUGAGAAGCAGUCAUUGUCUGGUAGUCAUUUCUAUCCAUGAUUAUUGCAAUUUAUUUUUUUCUUCUUCAGAAUCAGAGCCAUUUAAUAAUCAUUGUAUGGACGUGAUAUAGAGUGAACUGUCUAUGAGUGUUAAACUGGAAUGAUAUUACUUUCCUCUGAUUGUCAUCAUCAGUAUUGUUGUGGGUAUAGUUAUUCUCCAUAUGGUUAUUGGUAACUUAAUUGUUAAUGUGUUAAUUGUUGAGUAUAACAUGUUUAUGUUUACAUUUGUCAUUAGAGUUGGUGUGAAGCUAUUUAGGUGUAGAUUAUUUGUUAUGAUUUUUUUUUUCCCAUAUGCAAAGAAAAAAAGAAGGGAAGAUGUUAUGAAAUGGGAAAUCUUGAGAGUGUCUGAAAAGAAAGAUGGAUCAGCUGUAGCGGAUAGCCAUUGUGUCUUGUGUUGACCCACGUGUCGUUCGUGUAGAAUGUUCUCAGACUACCCUGUGCUGGUUGGUUUUGGGGUUUGAGUUUUGUUCUUAUUGUUUUCAUGAUUCUUUUGCCAAAUAUUAGUACUUAAUUGCAUGCAUACAUACAUAUGUAUGUAUACAUCUUCUCUUGUGCAUCUAUGCACACAUGUGCACAGGAAGGAAUGCACACGAAGACAUCUACAAGCAUAUACAUAAAUGCAUGUAUGUACACAAGCAUACACAUCCACAGCUACACAUAGAUACAUGUGCACACCCACACCCAUAAACAACCAUACCUACCCCCACACUCUUACCCACCCACACCCACUCCCACCCAUUCUGUCACACACACACGUGCACACAUGCACACACGCACACACACACACACACACACACGCACACACACACACACACACACACACACACAGACACACACACACACACACACACACACACACACACACACACACACACACACACACAUACAGACACACACACAUACAUACACAUACAAAAAAAAAAAAAAAAUGCAGUAGAAUUAUAAUUAUUAGAUUUGAAUAUUACAAAUUGUAUAGCAUUAUUGUUUAUUAAUUUGAAGCAGCCCUAUUUUUGUAGAGAUCAAAAGUCAUCAAGGUGUUUUUUACUCUUUAAUUUGUUUAUUAGGAAGACCCUGUAUUAUGGCCUUAUUUUAGUACAAAUAUAAAUUAAUUGGUUUCUAUCCUUUACUUUUUCUAGGGAUAGUGUAAAUAGAUCACCUAUAGUCAGUUUUAUAUAAAGGGAUUGUGCCAUUGCACUUUGAAUCUUAGGAUUUUAAAAUAGAAAUGGGAUAAAAUUAUAACCCGGUUUUAGGCCCCGCGUGAAAUUACUCGCGCAUGUUGGUUCAUGCAGAAAGUUGUUUAUACUAGAGUAUUUAAAUUUUUUUUCUACCACUGCUUGCUUUCAGUUUGUGCCCUUUUGUAUACCUGGUUUAUUUAUCACUAACUUCUUGCAAGCGUCGCCGAGCAAAAGCAGAUGUGAAUCUCGUAACACGGAAGCUCAAAUUCACAGUCCCGUAGGCUCUCCCUAUAAUUUCUUCGUCAGGGUUUUUUGGUUAAUGGCCGCCUUUAAUUACGCGAUGACUUUGCGUUACAAGGGAAAGGGGGUUAGGUAUUUCGUCUUUUUUUUUCUAACUCUCUCUUAUUUAUGAUUAAGCUUCUAAUUCUUGUAACUAAUGAUUUUGUUCUGAUAUUUUUGUUUAUAUGAAAAGUAUGAUAAUGAUAAUAAUAAUAAAAAAAAUUGUUAAUACAUGUUCUCAUGAUGAAACCGGUGUGAAUUAUGUACAUUUGAAAAAUUGAAGGUUGGUGAAUGUUCAGGUCUGAUUAGAAUUAAGAAUUAGGUACUUUAGGAUUGAUACAUUAAAAUUUACCAAGAUUGUGUUAGUUUGGUUCUUGGAUGAUGAAUUGUACCUUGUUUUGCAAUAUGAAGUUUAUAUAUAUAUAUAUGAUCAGGGAAUCAGUUCCUAUUUUGAAGAUGGUUAUUUGAGUGUAAAAAAAAAUUAAUGUGAUGUUAGGGAUAGAAUGUAUAUGCUGGAACUUUUUUGAAUAUUACAGAACAUGUGAUUU